CUUCAUCUUCUUCUGCAUUCAUCUUUGGUGAUCAACUGAUCAUCAAACUCAAUGUCGUUUGCUUCUCCAGAAAAUCAUAUCCCCCUAUGGAGAGAGAUCAUAAAUUCGACCUUGCUAGUAAUCAGAUCUCACUCUCUCCAUUUAUAUACCCUUUCAACCAUCUUCCUCUUCCCAAUCUUUUUCAUUCUCGUCGUAUAUCCUUCUUUCCACCUAGACUUCUUUCAUCCCGAUUACAAUUUCACCAUUUUCACUCAAUUUUCUCUUUCCAAGUUCGAAAUUAUCGCACUAUUAGUGUGUAUUCUGUUUUUGGUCCUGUUUUUCAUAUGUGCCGUAGCCACAAUUACAUACAGCACCGUUCAAGCGUACCAUGAUAGACCGAUCAAUAUCGUUUCGUCCAUUAAAUCUAUCAGAAAUUCAUUCUUCCCUCUUCUCUUCACCUUCAUCGUUUCUCAUACCAUUUUCAUUUCGAUUUCUAUCAUUUUCUCCCUUGUCUUAGUUGUUUUAUUCCAAAUUCUUAAAAAUCUCGGUUUAAUAUACGAUUCGAAUCACUUUUGGAUUUCUCUCAUUCUUGUGAUCGUACCGGUACUGCUAUGGCUACAGGUAAACUGGUCAUUAGCUUAUGCGAUAGCAGUGGUCGAAUCCAAAUGUGGAUUCGAAACGCUGAGGAGAAGUGCGUAUUUGGUGAAGGGGAUGAGAUGGGUGGCUUUCUGGACACAUUUGUUUUACGGGCUUGCGAUGGGAGCAAUGGUGAUUGGGACUAACGUCCUUUUUGUACUUUUGGGUGCGGGAAAGGCUGAUCAUUAUCGGAGUUUUUCUGGCACAUCUCAAAUUGUGCAGUGUACAGUGCUGGGAAGUUUGGGAAUGAAUCAACUUCUUGUAUUGAAUGUGGUGUUGUAUAUGUAUUGCAACGACUUGAAAGGCGAAAAAUUGCCCUUUGAAUACCUAUCACUGCCAUUGGACGGUGAGAAGAAGAAUCACAAUGUUGUGUAGUACUUGUCGGGACUGAAAGUUGGUGAACUAUGUCUGAGUGAGUGGGUGAAUCUAGAGGAAACUCUGGUGCCUGAGGUCCUUCAAUGAUACUGAACGUACAAAUCGUUCGUGUUUGACUUGGAUACAUGGACAAAAGACUAAUCAAACCAUCUAGUAGCUGGUUCAUCCCAGCAUGUUUAAGAUUUGGUUUGUCUUCAUAAAAUGUGGUAUAUAUACUAAUAGAAGAGAUCAUUUGAGACAAAUGAUUUUGCUCUUUUUUCCUGCUAUUGAAUAAAAAUGUACGGUAGUUGUAUUGCUAUGUAAGAAACAUGGAACUAGAUCAUGUUAUAUUACAGAAAUAAGAUGUUUGUUAUUGUC